UAUCCCUUUUCAGUUUCAGCAAAUUCUAUUUGGAUUCAAUCGAUGGUGGAAGUUACUCUCAAGGCCGAGAUCACGCACCCGAUCCCUAAGGCCAGGUUGGUCAAGGCUUUUCUAGGAGCAGGUGGCUUCUUCCCCUAUAACCUCCUGCCGGCCAUCACAAAUGCUGACAUCCAGGAGGCAAUCUUUAUCGAAGGCAGACAGCGCAGGACGGUGAGGCACACGGUUAAAGCACAGGACCAGCAGCCCUUCCUCUACAACCACUCGACCAUCGAUCGGGAUGAGCUGGGCAAAAUCUCCAAGGAAAUCAGCCAUGAGGUGAAGAUCACUGCGUUGCCCCUGGAGGGUGGCUCGGUCUGUAAGUACGCGGGCAGGUACUUCACCAUCGGCCAAGGGAUAUCCCCGAGGAGGAGAUGA